GAGUAUUUAUUCAAAGUAACUUUAAUUUUGAAAUAUUUUCCUAUAAUCACUAUUUUCAUGCCCAAUUUUAAAGUAGGCGCUGCACAUACUUUGAAACUACCAGUUUCUUGCAAAACAUCCAAUUUCUGGAAUAUAAAUGUAGCAGAAGACGAUUUGAUUAAUGAAGAUCUAUUGUUGCAAGAAGAGGAUUAUUCUAAACCUGUAAAUACCUUAAAAGCGAACUGUGACCCAUCAAAUGAACUAAAUAAGAGAAAACCAUGUAAAAACUGCACAUGUGGUUUAGCUGAAAUGGUGGAAACUGAUAAAGUUUCAACACAAAUGAUAAAAUCAUCCUGUGGCAAUUGUGGCCGUGGUGAUGCAUUUCGCUGUUCUACCUGUCCUUACUGGGGUUUGCCGCCAUUCAAAUAUGGAGAAGAAGGCAAGAUCAAGCUGAGGACUGUUGAUGAUAACAUUUAA